GACAUGCAGCUCCUUGUCCACGCCCAGGAGCUACAUACUCUCAAGGUGACCGGCCAGGAGAUGGUCACCCAGAUCAAGGCUCCUGUAGCCUCACCGGAGGGCAUCGCUCCAGAAGCUCAAGUUGUGCUCUUGGCAGGCACACCCUUAGAGGAUAAGGCUACCCUGGGUCGGUGUGGAGUGGAGGCUCCGAUCACCCCAGCAGUAGCCGGCCACAUGCUUGGAGGUGAAGUCCAUGGUUCCCCAGCCCAUGCCGGGAGAGUAAGAGGGCAGACUCCCAAGGCGGCCAAACACAAACAGAAGGAGACAGGCCGAGCCAGGCGGUGGAUGUGUACAACCGGCGCUUUGUCAAUGUUGUUGCCCACCUUUGGCGAGAAGAAGGGCCCCAGUGCCAAUUCUAAAAUCCAUUGUAGUCCUGGCUUUCCCCCAUGCCAUGAAGAUGGAGUGUACGGUGAGAAGUACAGGCCCACAGAGCAGCCGGAACCUGCCAGCUUUCUCUCCAAGGUGCUCCAGAGGAAGCCCUUGGAUUCGUUCAGGGCAUCACAGCGUUUCCAUAAACAAAUGAGGCUCUCCUACCGAUUAAGGGGCACAAGCUACUUCAGAUACAAGCGUGUGCAGUUGAAGAGUACUAAGUGCUAA